GCCCCCGAAAAUACAGCAGUAAUCAUGGCCGUCGCUAAAACUGCAUUACAGAUAAGGCUGCCUCCACUACCAAGCAUCAAGGAUGUCAUCAAACUCUACAAAUUACGCGCUUUACGAGAGCUGUCACAGAAUUUUCUCAUGGAACCGAGACUUAUUGACAAAAUAGUGCGUGCCUCAGGUAAUAUUCAAAAUCAUACCGUUUGUGAAGUUGGACCCGGCCCGGGUGGAAUAACUCGGUCUAUAAUAAGGCAGGCACCUAAGAAACUUGUUUUAAUUGAAAAAGACCCUAGGUUUUUACCAUCGUUGGAGCUUUUAGCCGAUGCUUGUCGAGACAAAGUCGAUGUUGACAUUAUAACGGGUGAUAUUUUGAAAACAGAUUUAAGUCAAUUUAUACCGAGUGAUGCAAAAGUUCACUGGUUAGAUCCACCUCCACCAGUUCACCUCAUUGGCAAUCUACCAUUUAGCGUGUCUACAAUUUUGAUCAUAAGAUGGUUGGAGAUGAUAUCUAAACAUGAAGGACCAUGGUUGUUUGGGAGAACAAGAAUGACUCUUACUUUUCAAAAGGAAGUUGCAGAGAGAAUGGCUGCCCGUAUCUUAGAUAAGCAAAGAUGCAGGUUAUCAGUUAUGUGUCAAUCUUGGUGCACUGUAAAAUACAAUUUUGAUAUACCAGGUACUGCAUUUUUGCCGAAGCCAGAGGUAGACGUCGGUGUAGUCACUCUAACACCAUUAAAACAUCCAAUAAUAAAAUUGCCAUUUAAACUUGCUGAGAAAGUUGUCCGUCAAAUAUUUUCAAUGAGACAAAAGUAUUCGAUACGGGGUGCUCAGACGUUGUUCCCAGAAGAAGUGAGAGAAGAGGUAGCUUUAAAAAUGUACAACAUUGCUGAUAUUGACCCUGUGACCAGGCCUUUUCAGAUAACCAAUAUGGAAUUUGCCAGAUUAUGUGAAGCAUACAAUGAUAUCAUAAAGCAACAUCCUGAGUUUGAGCAUUAUGAUUACAGAGCACCAAAAAAUAAAAAUAAUCUUAUAAAUGCAGAGGAAGUUAAUAUAGAAUGUAACAUGUGAACUGUAGAUACUUUAUAAAUAAAACAAAUUUAGUUUCA